AUGGAAGCUUCUACAGAAAAAUUACAAAAGAGUAGUUCCGAUUCAUCUGAUCAGAAACAGAACACUGAUUUUCUUGUAGAGGUAAACAACAUUGAGAAACAGCUAUGGACAUUAAUCCAUUCAAAGGGCAUAUUACAUCCCCAAGUUUCAGAACUAUACUCAAAAGCUGGCUUUACAUACGAGCAAAUCUUUAAAAGCAAUCUCCAACUCCAAGAGCUUCAAGAAGUAGAGUUCCGUCUCUGGAAACUUCACUAUAAGCACAUCGAUGAGUUUCGUAAAGGCCUAAAAAAAGAUGAUUCUGUCAAGCCAGGCACUCAUGUGAAAGCCUUCAAGUUGUUUCUGUUGAGAGCAGCAGAGUUUUACCAGAAUCUGAUUUCUAAAGUCAGAGGAUAUUAUCACAGCAGAAUCUCUGAUGAGAGCAGUUCACAGAAAAGCAGAUUCUUGUGCCAUCGUUUCUAUAUUUGUCUUGGAGAUCUUGAAAGGUAUAAAGAACAGUAUAUGAAGACAGAUGAACAUCCUAAUUGGUCAACUGCAGCUACUUACUAUCUUGAAGCUGCAAAGUCUUGGCCUGAUAGUGGAAAUCCUCAUAACCAGCUAGCUGUAUUGGCGACUUAUGUUGGCGAUGAGUUUUUGGCUUUGUACCACUGUGUGAGAAGCUUAGCUGUGAAAGAACCUUUUCCUGGUGCUGAAAACAAUCUUCUCUUGUUGUUUGAGAAGAACAGGUCUUCUCCUUUGCAGUCUCUGUCUGCUGAUGCACAGUUUAACUUCUUAAAUCCAUCGGAGAGAAAUGUUCCUGUGAAGGACCGAGAUUUCUCACAAGCAAUGGCUGGAGAUGAUUUAUGGCCACUGGUUGUUCGAACAAUUAGCUUCUUCUUCCUUAAAUCCAGUUUUGAUGAGUUUGGCUGCACAUUUGCAUCAACUAUGAGAGAGUUGGAUGCAGCUUUUGCAGCAGAUGACAGAAAUCUAGCAGCUAUGAUGGAGUCAUAUCAAGUUAUGGACACGGCAAGAAAGGGACCUUACAGAAUCCUCCAACUUGUUGCGGUUUUCGUCUUCAUCUUCCACAACUUAGCUGAGUUUAAUGAGCCAGACAAAGCGAAAGAGGAAGAAGUAAAGCCAAGAAAUUUAGCGUUAACAAUGGUAUUCACCGUCAUGGGGAGAGUUGUUGAGAGAUGUUUGAAGACGAGUCCCUUGGAUUCCUGCCCUCUCUUACCUGCUCUACUUGUAUUUCUAGACUACUUACCGAUUCUGCUACACAAGGCAGAGGAAGAAGAAGAAGAAUGCAAGUUCGAUGAGAAGAGCGAGGCUGCGAUAUCUUACUUCUUUGACAAACUCGCUGAUUUCUUGAACCGGUUAAAGUUGAGAGGCGAAAACUGCUCUGCGGAAAUGAUGGUAGCUCUUUGGGAGGAUCAUGAACUGAGGUCCUUGGCUCCUCUGGCUCGUGUGCAAGUACUUUUGGAUUUCUCAAGUCACAUGGAUCUAAGAGAGAGUUUUGAUAGAGGGAAGGAGCUUCGUCUUCAACGGAUUGUUAAUUCCGCUAUCAAGAUCACAAGUAGACAACAGAAGAAGGGUUCUCAAAAGUGGUUAUUCUUUGACAAACAAGGGACUCGUUUCUACACAAGUUCAGGUGAAAAACUAUGCGAAGAAGAGCUGUUUCAUGGAAAUGGAGAAGGAAGUAACAGAGAAUGUGUUACUUUAGGAACGGCAGAGAUCAUUCCUAGUGAGAAUGAAAAAUCUGUGCCUGCAGAAGAGGAAGAAGUCAUUCUUUUCAAGCCGCUCGUACGGUGUCAAUCUGCUCCAAUCUAUUCUUCUGGCAUUGCAAUGAAACCACUCAGCUCCGAUACCACAACUUCAGGAAAUCAGAAAACUUCAUCCGAUGAAAGCCUAAGACGUACCUCAUCACUCAUUGUGAACCAUAGCCCACAGAAUACUCUCUCUGAAAGUUUCAGCUUCAUGCAAGGUCUCAAGGACACGGAUGAGAAGCAUUUGAAUAUAGAAGAAGGCACUGUCUCAGGAAGACCUCCAUCUCUGAGCGCCUGGGUGGUUGACAAGAAUAAAGAGAAUGGAAGAUUUGGUUUAAGUAAGCAAAACGGGUUGAGUCCUAUUGAUGAAACAGGUCCAAUCACAUCCUUUGAUAGUCUCUCCAUCAGUAGCAGCGCUGAGGAUCCUGCUUCUUCGUAUUCACCUCCUACUCCGUCAGCUCCAUUACUACCUGAAGACGCUUCUUGGUUUCAUAACGGCGGCAGUACUAACAAAGCAGAGAGCUUCUAUGACCAGACAAGAUUCAUGAAGCCAUACACAAACCCGCCGUUACUUGGGAUUUCUUCUUCUGAAUGGUUACGACGAUACAGAGAAAGCCGGAAUCUUGGACCAGCCUAUUCCUAUCAAGCUCAGGGGACAAACAAUCUGAAGAACUUCUUAGCUAAGGGGUCUUCCAAGUUCAGUCUCUUAGCUAAGUACGGGACACCAAAUGAUCAGUCGAUGGUCUCUUCUGAGAACACAACGUUUUACCCUCAGAGAUACAUGGAAGACCAACAAAGCACAACAAACGGUUAUGACUUGAGUGACGAUCCCGGACCGUUUCUUCGAUACCUGAGAGAGAAAGAGUGGCUGAAUGAGAAUGGUCAGAGGCUAAGAGGAGCUUCUCCUGCACAUAUGAACAGCUAA